UCCCCCGCGGCGUGGGCGGGACAGCCUGCGGGGGCGUGCCAGAGGCUGCCGGCAGCGUGCUAGUGUUUGUGUGCAUCUGGAGGCUGCUGAAGAGAGAGGAGCCGGAGACGUAGCAGUGUCUGCCGCGAUGUCCGUACAGGUAGUGACCGCGAAGAUGGCAGAAGUGGAGCUGAAGGACGCAGUUAGAGAGAGGUCGAAUGAAGCCGCCCCUGCAGCCCCCAUCACCGCUGCCCUACCUAUCGAGCCCGACAACAACACCGCGGUGUCCCCGGUCAGCCAGCCGGUGAAGGGUGUCCCCGCUUCGGCCAUGAAGAGGACGGACCCGGUGCAGCGGCCUGGAGAUGGAGCGAGCAGCCCAGAGGGAGCAGUUAGCGAGGCCCCGCGCACCGUUAAGAAGCAGAUCCAGUUUGCGGACCAGAAGAGAGAAUUUAAUAAACGCCCAACAAAGAUUGGACGUCGCUCCUUGUCCCGCUCUAUAUCUCAAUCCUCAACUGAUAGCUACAGCUCUGCUGCUUCCUAUACAGACAGCUCAGAUGAUGAGACCUCUCCGAGGGACAAACAGCAGAAGAACUCCAAGGGCAGCAGUGAUUUCUGUGUGAAAAACAUCAAGCAAGCUGAAUUUGGCCGUCGAGAAAUUGAAAUAGCUGAGCAAGAGAUGCCGGCACUGAUGGCUUUGCGCAAAAGAGCACAAGGAGAAAAACCACUAGCUGGGGCCAAAAUUGUUGGCUGUACUCACAUAACAGCACAGACUGCGGUUCUCAUUGAGACAUUGGGAGCCUUAGGAGCUCAGUGUAGAUGGGCUGCCUGCAAUAUCUACUCCACACUUAAUGAGGUGGCUGCAGCCUUGGCUGAAAGUGGCGUUCCAGUGUUCUCGUGGAAAGGGGAAUCUGAAGAUGACUUUUGGUGGUGCAUUGACCGGUGUGUAAAUGUGGAAGGUUGGCAGCCCAACAUGAUUCUCGAUGAUGGCGGAGACCUCACACACUGGAUAUAUAAGAAAUAUCCAAAUAUGUUCAAAAAAAUAAAGGGCAUCGUGGAGGAAAGUGUAACUGGUGUGCAUCGCCUGUACCAGUUGUCUAAAGCUGGAAAGCUGUGUGUUCCCGCCAUGAACGUCAAUGAUUCUGUUACUAAACAGAAAUUUGACAAUUUGUACUGUUGUCGCGAGUCCAUCUUGGAUGGUCUGAAGCGGACAACAGACAUGAUGUUUGGUGGGAAGCAGGUGGUGGUGUGCGGCUAUGGUGAGGUUGGGAAGGGAUGUUGUGCCGCUCUUAAGGCAAUGGGAGCUAUUGUGUAUGUGACAGAAAUUGAUCCAAUCUGUGCUCUGCAGGCUUGCAUGGAUGGCUUCAGGGUUGUCAAACUCAAUGAAGUCAUCAGACAAGUAGAUAUUGUCAUCACUUGCACAGGGAACAAGAAUGUGGUGACUAGAGAACAUCUAGAUCGUAUGAAGAAUGGCUGUAUUGUCUGCAACAUGGGGCACUCCAAUACUGAGAUAGAUGUGGUAAGCCUGCGCACUCCUGAAUUGACAUGGGAACGAGUGCGGUCCCAAGUUGACCAUGUUAUCUGGCCUGAUGGCAAGAGGAUUGUUCUUCUGGCUGAGGGACGCCUGCUUAACCUGAGCUGCUCCACUGUCCCCACUUUUGUGUUAUCCAUUACUGCUACCACACAGGCACUUGCACUCAUUGAAUUGUACAAUGCUCCUGAGGGACGCUACAAGCAGGACGUCUACCUUUUGCCCAAGAAAAUGGAUGAAUAUGUGGCGAGUCUCCAUCUUCCCACAUUUGAUGCCCACCUGACUGAACUUUCUGAUGAGCAGGCCAAGUAUCUGGGUCUCAACAAGAAUGGACCUUUUAAACCAAACUACUACAGGUAUUGAAUACACCUAAAUACCACAGACCAGAGCUGUUGGAAGAUGGGGGGUUCUGGAAUACAUCAGAUGAAAAUAUGAAGCCUUUCACAGCCACUGUACAGCCAGUUCUUACUUCAAGACCUGGACUUUCUGCCAUAUUAGGAAACCUAUUAGGGUAUUUAUUAAAGUGAAGAUGCCUAGAAUAUGGAAUCUGUGCUAAUCCGCAGAUUGCCUUUUUUUUUUUUUUGGGAGGGGUCUUGUUCCUAGGUCAUUGACAAGUCCCCUCCAGUUUUAUGCUGUACUUAUCCAUUAAUACUGCUUGUCCCAGCAGCACAUGGGUAGGGGAACAAGUUAACAAGCAUGAAUCAUGAGAAAAUUUAUUUUGCAUUAACUUGCAUUUUAUUUUAUUUUUUAAUAUUGAUGAUUCUGAAGGAUGAGAAGUGCAGAUGUCUUAAUGAAACCUGUAAAGUGACUUAAAUUCUAUUUUAUUGUGGUUUUUAGUAGUUAUAGUUUUUGUGUUUUUUUUUUUUUCAUUUUUUAUUUUUUUUGACUCCCUUGUCAGAUAAUGGAGAUGAUAGUAUUAUUAUUGUUAGAUUUCACCUCUUAUGCUGGUGUGAUGACUCCAAAAAGAUAAAACACUACAUAGUAACUUGCUAAACUGUGAUGCAUAUUAGUAACUACAUGAUUAAAUGAAUGCACACCUUCCUAAAGGUCCAUGCUUGUACAUUUUGCAUUAUUCCAUGAACCCUAUAUGAAGUGCUGGCUUCUUGCAGAAUCUGUAUUUGCUACUUUUAACCAUGGAGUAAUGAGAGAUGUACUAUCUGGUGCUGUGUGCAUGUUUUCUUUUCUUUUUUAAUUUUCGUUUUUUUUAUCUGGUUGUAAUUUUUUUUGUUUUAAUGUAUAAAUUGACUGCCACCAAAUAAAAAAAGACUUGGAAAGGGAAAGAGUCAAGCUCCAGCCAUGGCCUGAUGUUUCCCAUAUGGUAGCCAUUUUUCCCAAAAUAAAGUAUUUUGAAUAUUUUUGCAUCCUUAUUACUGAUGCAAGUCCCAGCCUGACCAUGGGUCUUGACCUGAACUAACAGCUGUCAGUUCUGGGCAUCAGGCCGAUACUUGUACCUGUGAUGCAGAUGCAAAAAUAUGCGUUUUUAAAAAGAAAAUAAAAAAAUGGCGGCUGGAAAUGAAGGUGGACAUUCAGAUGUGUUCAUUUUAGUUUUCUUUUAAAAGGGAAUAUUAAUAUAUUUUAUGCCUCUUGGCUAUUAAAGUAAAAUAUAAGUUAAAUCCCAAUAACCUGAAAUCCUUAAAUCUCAAAGUUAACGGAAGGAACGGACCGCACAUUCCUGCUAGGUGAAUAUUCAAAAAUCUAAU